UCUCGCACGUGAUGAUGACGACGACUCCUGGUAGCUGACUUCAGCGGAAACCUUGACCGGGAAGGUAGCGAGCCGUGACCGGCUGCAAAUAAAUAGCAGCAGAGGCUUCUGGGAACAGUAGUUCUACAGCUGCGGCCUGGGAAGUUGAACUGCGCCUGCGCAGACGGAGCGGGCGAUCGGGCUGGUCCCGGUGGAACGCUGAGGGAACCUGGAACCAGGUACAUAAAAGAACAGUAACUAAUGAAAAUAUAACCAGGCCUUGGAGAUCCAAAUAUUCUGAAAUAUGGCAGAUGACACCAAACCGUUAUUGACUCCUGUGGCUGAGGAUAAAUUGACACAUCUGGAACAUACAAAAGGCAAGCAGGAAUCAAAUUCAAGGAGACCUUUCUACGUGCCACCCAGAAACCUUCAUGGAAACAUAGCUCAACAGGAGCAGGUGACUCAAGAAGCUUCAGCAAUGAACAGCCGUAUUCAGUACUACAGUAAAUUGACCACAACACACAAGACCUUGGUACCACCUGAUCAUGUAAUUCCAGCUGAAGAAGAAAUUUAUGUUUACAGUCCUUUAGGAAGUGCUCUCCAACUUGAAAGUAGCACAGAUGGCUUUGGAAAGAAUCCCAGCAUUGUUACAAUAUUUUCUAUCUGGAAUACCAUGAUGGGAACAUCAAUAUUGAGUCUUCCGUGGGCACUAAAGGAGGCAGGAUUUACUUUGGGGAUUAUCUUGCUCAUUUUAAUGAACCUGCUGAUGCUGUAUUGUUGUUACCGGGUGCUGAAAUCUAGACAGACAGUAGCUCAUAUUGAUACAUCAAACUGGGAAUUUCCUGAGGUCUGCAAAUACUACUUUGGUUCAUUUGGCCAGUGGUCCAGUCUUCUUUUCUCUCUCAUUUCCCUGUUCGGAGCCAUGAUUGUUUACUGGGUGCUUAUGUCCAAUUUUCUCUUCAAUACAGGGAAAUUUAUUUACAACUAUGUUCAUAAUAUCACAGAAGUGGGUCAUGUUUUAAGUACAAAUGGAAGUAGUAAAGUUAUUUGUCCAAAUCCACCUGGACUUCACCAAAGGAAUAGCACUGACAUGUUUGUCAUUGUAAGCAAUGACACUGCAUUGCACGAGUUUCAGGAGUGGUGGAAUAAAACCAAUACUGUCCCCUUCUACCUGAUAGUAAUGUUGCUGCCUCUCCUCAGCUUUAAGUCUGCUUCAUUCUUUGCACGAUUCAAUAAUCUGGGCACAGUUUCAGUCUUUUAUUUAAUUGUACUUGUAACAUUGAAGGCUGGGAGACAAGGAUUUCAUUUGGAGUUCUACUGGUUUGAAUCUGUAAACAAUUUUGUUGCAGAGUUCAGGUUGUCUUUUCCACAUAUGACUGGAGUUCUUGCACUUGCUUUCUUCAUUCACAACUGUGUCAUCACCCUGUUGAAGAACAACCAACAUCAAGAAAAUAAUGUUCGGGAUCUCUCCAUUGCCUAUCUACUCGUGGGAUUAACAUAUAUGUAUGUUGCAGUGAUGACAUUUGCUGCGUUUCCCUCUCCAGCACUGUCCAAAGAGUGCAUUGAGCCGAACUUUUUAGACAAUCUGCCAAGCAGCGAUAUCAUGGCCUUCGUUUCCAGAGUCUUCCUGCUCUUCCAAAUGACCACAGUUUAUCCUUUACUGGGCUAUCUGAUUCGUGUACAACUACUGGGCCAGUUGUUUGGAAAAGUGUAUCCAAGUUUUUUACAUGUGUUCAUCCUAAACGUUGUGGUUGUGUGUAGUGGAGUCCUUGUCGCAAAAUUUUACCCCAAUAUAGGAGGAAUCAUAAGGUAUUCAGGAGCAACAUGUGGUCUUGCCUUUGUAUUUGUUUAUCCAUCUCUUAUUCAUAUGAUGUCACUCCACCGUAGAGGACAGCUGAGUUGGCCGUCUGCGAUCUUCCACAGUUCUCUUAUAGUUCUUGGUGUGGCUAAUCUCAUUGCACAGUUCAUGAUAUGAGUCUGCCAGAAAUAAAGACUGAAUUUUAAGAUAACUUAUUAACUGAAUUACAUACAGUUCUUAGAAUCGUAAAUUUCAAGUGUUAUUCUCAUAUGUGCUAAAACUUAUCAAGUGCAACAAUCAGUUGUUAUCAUCACUUGCAUCCAGAGGCUUGAAAUCUGUCCAGUUAUUGUAAGCCAGUCAAUUCCCUGUGACACUGAUUUGAAAUGGGAGUACAGGCAAAGAUGUCAUCCAACUAAUCAGAAGAUAAAGUUACAAGCAGUCUGCUCAAAGCCAGUUUUAAAUGGAUAUCUAAUGGGAUACCAUUUCUGUUUUUUGAAUGAUGCUUUUUUUUUUUGCAAGCUGUUACGUCUCGGAGACUACAUGUAUCAGGUAGAGGAAAAGAUUCUUUAAUAUUUCAGUAAAUCAGUGAACUUUUCUGAGUAGCUGCUUACUGUAUAGUAUAGAGAAUAAACUCUAUAAUUUCUAUUUGCCUGGAAGAUUUUGUGGAGAUUUGCUUCUGUCGGUUUCAGCGUCUUGUGGGCACCUAGACUCCUAUCCAAGCCACUUGGACAGACUGAUUUCAUUAUAAUUUUGGCAGUCUAGAUUAGUGUUAGUGCAGCCCUUCACUUGUGCUGAGUUUUGCAAUACUAGCUUUUUGUCCCCCACUUAUGUUUAACUGAACUUUCAGUCAUUUGAAUGAUCCAGUCCAUUUAAGUGCAGAACACUAUUCUGCAUCAUGAUAAAAUGAUAGCAUCUUGCUUAAAAAAAAAUCUCAAGUGCCCGGGGAGAAGUGUCUAAAAGAUUGGGUCACAAACUUUGGAGCAAGCUGUGCAAGCUAGUUGCGAGUCGUUCGCUGAUUAAUAAAUUUGCACUUCAGCUGAUUAUGCCAAUUACUGGAAAAUAUUAAGCUGUUGUAGUUUUGCAGCUGUAUUGGUAGAAACUGCCAUUGGCAGACUCAUUCAAACUAGACUGAAGGUACAGCAAUAGAAAAUACAAAAAUAGAAGAAUACAAAUAUUGUGUUACUGGUGCAGUAUGUGUUGGGGCUUUGGGUGAUUUUUAAAGAAAAUAAUAAACCUAUUGUAAUGCAGGACCAUAGAAGCAUAAGAAUGUGUUGUUUUCUCCUGUUUACUGCAUCUGCAUCACUAUUGGAUAGUGAUGUAUUAUUUCUGGCCUCUUCCCCAUGGGAAGUAGUUCCUUUCUAAUAUUUGUGCAUCAUGGGAGCAGGCCCUGGAGCAGCUCAGCUGCACAUACGGAACACAUUUAUAGGUCAAUUGGCCAAACUUCUAUUUUUCUUGAAUGGGAUGUGUUGCAACAUUCUCACUUCAUUAUAGUCAAUUUAAACCAAUGGACUAGUUCAAAUAUGGGUAAGUUUUUCUUGGAAAGAUUUAAUUUCUGUGGUAAGCUGGACCUUAUGCAAGCCAAUAUGAUGCCAAUUCAGGUUAAAACAUUUAUUUCUGUUACUGUUUUGAACAAGAUUUUAAAAUCAUUGUCAAUGUUUGAUUUGCUUUUCUUUCCUCUGGUGCAUUGCAUUUCUCUAUGGAUUGAAUGUACAUCUAUGACACCUGAUUAUGUCAAUAAGUUACUUGUUGGAAUUGCACAAGUUCAAUCAAUAAAAUAUAGCAUAUUUCAA